AUAUAUUUAGGAAUGAUUUGAAGAUAAUAAAUUUUAAGUAAUAUUUGACUUAAUAAUAAUAAAAACUUGGGAAUAAUGUAGCUUGAAAUGUUAGUUCAAAAAUGAUAACAAAGUAAGUUAAAGAAAACAAGAAGUUUAUUUCUUAUUUUCAUUAUGUUACAAAAUAAAAUUUAAAUGAAUUUCAAACAAGAUGCAAAGAGACCAUACUUUUGUGAACAACUGAUUUCAUGCUGUUUUAAGAUUUUUUAAUGAAAUGUCAAAGGAAAUCCAACUCUACCAUUUGAAAAGAAUCUUGACACGUUUUCCUUCCCUUUUUUUUAAAAUUUUUUUAUUUUACGUUUACUUACCUCAUAUACUUCUUUCGAGAUGUCCAAAGCCUUGAUCUUUCUCAAUUCUCCUUUUUUAAAGCUAUUAUUAUUUAUUGAAAAUUCUUAUUGUUUUAUAAUUCUGAUUUUAAACAAGAUUUUUGAAAUGUUUAGUUAAUUUAAGAAAUUGUUCAUAAAAUUAUCUGUUUUGUACCCUUUGGUCUAUGCAUUAGAUUUAAGAGAACUACAAGAAAAUAUCUUGAUUUAAUAUUGACUAACCUCAUAAUUUAAUGUUUUUGCUCCUCAGGUAAGGAUUAAAGAGUUAAGUUUUGCUUCUUACUUUAAAAAGGAUCUCGAGAAGCUAAAAUCAAAAGUUCGAUAUAAAGUAUUUUCUUGUUCUUCAUCUUUAUAGUAAACUAAAAAGGUAUUGUAAUGCGUGAUUGUGCAGCAUGUUUAUACUUUUUUAGUUGAUCUGAAAACAAGGAUUGGGCAACAUUUUUCUUUUUGAUCAUUUAAUGAAAAUCUGCAUGAAAGGAAGUUUGAAAUGAAGGAGUGUUGAUAAUUUAAAAGAUUAUGAGAAGGAAAAUUCUUCUUAAAAUUUCAUUUAUAAUUUAAAUAAUUUCUUAUGACUAUAAAGGAAGUCAGCUGUAUUGCUUGAACUGCUUAUGAAAUUAAUGACAUUCUCAACAUUUAUCGAUUUAAUGUACUGCAGUUUAUUCUACUAGAAUUUAUGUAAACUAUUAACUUGUUAGUUUAAUAGAUAAAAAUGCAAUGAAAUAAACUGCGACUUAAAAUUUCACGCCAUAAUUUUUAAUCAAUUAUUAAAUACACAGUAUGUCUACAACGUUUUGGGACUGAAAUCAUAAAAUAAUUAAAGGUUGAUAAAAACGUGUGAACUAUUUCUAAGCUUUCUGCUUGUAUUUUCUUAAUGUCAUUCACCUCCUGGCACCUUCAUAAAGCUGCUAGCUGCUUUUGUUGAAAUCAGCUAUUUAAUAUUAUAAUUAAUAUAAUGCAUUCUUCUAAAUUUUUGAAGUGUUUUCAAACAGUGGCUCCUUAAGGUCAGAUUUCACUUUGGGAACCAAAAAAUAAUCCAUACGUAACAAACCAGGUUAGUAAGGGCAAGUAGGCGGUGGCAAACAUUUUCAAUGUUAUUCGGUAUAAGGGCAACCAAGCUUAGGUUAUCAUCAACAUCUUCAAAUAGCUCAACAUUAAAAAUCAAAAACUGUAGAUUGCCUUAUUGUUUGAUCUCCGUAAAUUGUAUAUCCACGUUUUGGUGUUCCUUUUUACUUUUAUACUAAACUUUAUCUCUAAUUGUUGUUCAUUUUAUAAUUUUGAGAAAAUAAGUAUCGGAUGCAUAAAAAAACAAACAAAUAACGCCAUAUAAACUUCUCGUCUAAAAGAAUCCAUAUUUUACAGUAAGAAAAGUAAUUAUUGAUGCUAGUCGUUUCUGAGAGUGUUAUAUUACAGGUGCAAUAAUUCAGUCAUCAAACUUUGCACAGGCAUUAUGUAAACGAUAAAACUUUUGCAUAAUGUCUUCUUUUUACAUUGCUUUCACUGAUUAAUGUUUUCUUGAACAAACAGCGUUUAACAUACAAAACCUUUAAAUAUAUAAGGGAAACAUAUGUUAAAGAAACUUCUUAAAGUUUAAAAUAAGUCUACUGAUAUGUCAGAUAAAGUUCAGACCAUGAAGCUGUUUAUUUCAGUCUUUUAUGAAUAUAAUCACAGAAAAUUUACUUAAUUUUUUUAUUCAUUUUAGGUUCAACAGCAUGAAGAUCUACUUUGUGAUAACGUUACUCGGCAUUACCGUAACGUAUGCGACUCAAAGCGUAAAACGAUUUCGUUCAGUACCUUCAGAGACUGAAGAAUUAGUAAGGGCCAGUAAUGGAUUUGGAUUUGAAAUACUGAAGCUUUUAUCCCAAUCUAAAAAUGUCUUUAUAUCUCCCAUUAGCGUGUCAAUGCUGAUGGGUUUAGUAUAUUCAGGAACACGAAACGUAACUGCUAGUGAAAUACAAAGUACUAUGCAUUAUCCACCAAAUGUACAUGCUGCAUUUAAAAGCAUAUUAGGUGUCAUUAAACCUCCAGAAGGAAAAAUGAAUUCUGCUCAAGGUUACCAGUUAGAAAUGGCAAAUGCUAUGCUGGUGGAUAAGUUUUUCAACAUUUUGCCACGAUACAAAGAAGAAAGUAGGCUGUUUUACGAUGCAGCGGUAGAAAGUGUUAGUUUUUCUUUGCACCCCGAAGCUGCAGUUGAUUCUGUAAAUGGCUGGGUAGCAUGGAGAACGAAAAACAAGAUAGUGAAAGUACUUGAAGAGCCAUUAGAGCCGUUAACCAAAUUAUUUUUGAUGAAUGCCGUUUACUUUAAAGGAACGUGGAAAACGAAAUUUGAUCAACGAUUAACAAUGCCAGAUACAUUUUACAACGAUGGUCGAGUGCCAAAAACUGUGCCAAUGAUGCGACAGAAACGAAAAUUUCGAUACGGAUUUGAGGGACGCAUUCAAGGACACGUACUCGAAUUACCAUACUCUGGAGAUGAUAUUAAAAUGCUUAUUCUACUUCCAGAAAAACGCGACGGUUUGCGUGAAAUGGAAUCAAAAUUAUCGAAUAAUAUGUUAGAAGAUAUAUCUACAGGACUUCGAGAAGUUUCUGUUCAAGUAACUUUGCCAAGAUUUAGUCUGACAGACGAAUACGAUCUGAUACCAAUACUUAAAAUGCUUGGAAUUAAUUCCUUGUUUGAUGCUGAUACCGCAGAUUUAUCUGGAAUAAGUCAAAAGCAAGGACUUUACGUUACUAAAGUAGUGCACAAAUGUGCAGUUGAAGUCAACGAAGAAGGAAGCGAAGCAGCAGCUGUUACAGGUGUCUCAGCAGGCGUUCGAACGGGAGGGCCAUUGGUCCCUCUCUUCACUGCUGAUCAUCCAUUCAUCUUUUUCGUGAAAGAUCUUCGGUUUAAUUUGACUCUUUUCCUUGGAAGGGUAGCAGUUUUAUAGAAGAAAAAUAAUAUAGGGCUUAUUCAGAGUCUUUUUAAUUUCGCAUUUAUUGAUAAUUGGCAUGCAAUUUCUGUUAUUCUGGAAUUUAGAAAUUAUUGUUUUUAUUCAUAUAAAGUAUAAGUUGUCUGGAUAUAAUCAAAUUUAGUAGAACUACCAAAAUUAUAGACUUGCCAAAAUUUGAGACUUAUGCUAUGCAUGAGCUUCUAAAUUUAGAGAACUGAGUUUAAGAUAAGUGCCAAAAGUGUAAAAUACAUUUAGGAGUUUUCUUAGAAGUGCUGCAGGACAGCACAUGAAGAAUGCAAGGUUUAGUUCUUUUUUUUCGACAAAAAAUCCAGCUUUUUGCAAUAAAAUGAUUUUAUAGCUUAUUUUAAAUUAGUGUUGUAAUUUUUUUUAUUGAAAUAAUCUGACUUCUGUUUAAACACCGACAGGAAAAUUUAAUUUAAAUUUUGUGUUCUUAUUUCUGUGAAAAAAUGGGAGAAAAUUGACCUUUAUUUGUUUAGGGAAAAGACUCGACUGAAAUAAAAAAUUUUAAAUUUAUUACUUACUUUAUUUUCAUCUGACAAUCAACUAACAUCUCACAAAUUCCACUUUUCCAAACUGAAUCUCCCAAACUUCUAAUUUAUAGUUAUUGUUUGAAGUUUCCUACGUAAAGCAUAAGUAUAAAAUAAAUUGUUUAUACAUUAACCACACCAGAAGCUCCUUUUACAGCUCAGUAUCUGACCUUCUUUUCUUUCUUUCUUUCUUUUUUUUUUUUUUCUUUUUUUUUCUAAACUAACAAUAUUACCGGGUAUAACUUUGAAAAGUACUAGAAGAAAUGAGCCUUAAGUCCUUCCACAUUGGAGGAUAAAAUGUUCUUCAAAGAAUACUCACUCAGUAAGAAAGACCAUUUGAUUUACUUACUAAAUUAGCAGAUUUCUUUUCAAUUAAGAAUAUUAAAACUAUACCUAUGCUUGAAAUCAUAAUUUAAAAAGUUCUUUUAUUUUCUUAUAACUUUGGUAUAUAUUUAAAUAAUAUAAAUGUAGGAUUUCAUAUAAUAACUAAAGUAGUUAACUAAAGUUAAGAAAAUAACUAAAGUAGUUACUUGGACUGAAUGCGUUUCCAUAAAUGCAUAUAUUAUCACAGCUUUUUCGAGGACAAAGUAUAGCUUUAUAAUAAAUAAAAUUAAAUGUGUUAUUUGAAAUAAAACAUUGCAGAUAAUAUUUAAA